AUGCACCAGCCGCCCCCGCCCGCUACUGCAGGAAAAAGAGUUGCUGGAGUAUCUUUACCGGAGGUGAAGCUGAUGAAGUUGACGAAGCUGUUAUUCAACGUGAUUGUGCAACGGAUUUUAGGUGCAGUGAUGGUGAUCAUGUCGCCGGAGUCGACUGUCGCUGACUUGAUCACAGUAGUGCUACAACAAUAUGUUAAGGAAGGGAGGGGGACAGUUUCUGUACCAGAUGGGACAUAUGUGAUUGAUCCCAUACAAUUUUCAGGACCAUGUCAAGGUCAAGUAACAUUUCAACUUGACGGGACUCUGCAGGCUCCAACGGGUAAAAUUGAUGCUAACGAUUGGAUUAAAUUUCACAAUGUUGAUGGAUUGAUCAUUCAAGGUAGUGGGACAUUGAACGGCGAAGGUGAUUUGGCGUGGGUUGGACAUUGUCCGGGAUGCCCUCCUCUUACCACUUCCCUCACACUAUCAUUUGUUAACAAUGGGCACAUUAAAGACAUUACAUCGCUCAACAGCAAAGGAUUUCAUAUUAAAAUCAUUAAUGGCGGAGAUACAAUAAUCGAACAUGUUACCAUAUCGGCACCUGGUGAUAGUCCAAACACUGACGGCAUUCAUACGAGCGGAGCAAGUAACAUCAACAUCUUAAAUUCAGAAAUUGGGACUGGAGAUGAUUGCAUAUCUAUCGGUGGAGGAAGUCAAAACAUAAAUAUUACUGGAGUUACUUGUGGCCCUGGACACGGCAUCAGCAUUGGAAGUAUCGGAAAAAAUACAGAUGACAGUAGUGUAACUGGGGUAUAUGUUAAUGGUUGCACAAUGAGUAAUACACAAAAUGGCGUACGGAUCAAAACAUACACUUCUGAUUGUAUGGCAACGGUUUCUGAUGUCACAUUUCAAGAUAUCACCGUGGAUCAAUCCAAGAAUCCAAUAAUUAUUGAUCAGAACUACUGUGGCGGGCAUCAAGAGUGCAUUGGUAAUUCGCACGUACAAGUGAGUGAUGUUAAGUUUAUUGGAGUACAAGGAACAUCAAUUUCUCCAAUUGCAGUAAAACUCCAAUGUAGUCCCGAAAAGCCAUGUGAAGGAAUUGAACUGGAUACAAUAAGCAUAAGUUUAAAUGAUGGUGGUGAAACUACUUCAUCAUGCUCUAAUGUUAAUGUAACCUAUAACGGACCACAAAAUCCUCCUACAUGUUCAAACUCAUUGCACCUCAAUCAUAUGUAA